ACCAAAUAAAAUGAUGAUUUGAUUUAAUAAAACAUAGCAAACAUUGCAUAUAUUUCAAACGCAUAUCAAUUAAAGUGACGCUAUUUUCACACAGGGCAUUUUGUGCCAUUGAAUUCGUUUUGUAGUCUGCCACUACAGUUUAUUAGUUUCACAUAGUUACACAAUUUUUGAUCCCACUGUGAAAUCUGCGGUGUGGCCUCAACUAUUUUGGUGGAAAAGUUGUGGGGCCUCUGUGUAAUAUUGAAGAUGAAUCUUUGGACUGCCCGAAUGGUCAUGCACAGCUUCAGCCGGCAGGCUCAUAUACUGGCCAAACACAGAAUCAGAGUGCAGGCAUCGCAACAUGCCGCGCCGGUAUAUGAUCUUCAACGCUCGUGUCAUGGAAAAUUAUAUGAAAUGGUAAAAACGCGCUCGCUUCUGGCACGCACUAAAUCUAAGGCUCAGAAAUACCCGAACCAAAGUGUUUGUGUGCAUAGAUACAUGGAGGAGGAGGAGGCGGAAUACGAUACCGAUGUUAAAGGGUCUCCUCCUUCUCAAUCACCGCCUCCGCCUCAUUUGCAAGACAAAUUUCAAGAGUACAAAAGCCAAGCGGCUGACCCAAAGUCACAGUUCACAGGGGGCUAUGCGAAGCACAUGUCCACCGCCAAAGAUGUGCUCAAGUCUUCAGAGUAUGACAGACACAGCGCCACUGGCCCACUGAUGGACUGCAACAAAUCUCAACAAAGGAACAAAGAUCCUUGUGAACAGUUUAAGAAAAUGCGUUUAGAAAAUGAGCAGGUCAAAUGUCCGGCGGGUGGAGCAGGCGCUGCAGGUGGUGCAGGUGGUGGUGGCGGCGGCAAGGAUUGUGAAGAAGCAAACAAAUCGCUUAAAUUCAAAUGCCUAAUGGGUGCCCUGGCAGCACUAGUGGCUGGUGGAUUGAUUGCCUGGUUUCUGGCGAGUACAAAAAAAGACAAAAAGUCAGGAGGAGCAGCCGGAGGUGGCAGUGGCGCUGGCGUCAUCGAAAAUACACCAGAGGGUAAAAAGCGCGCACAGUUGGCAGGACUUUUAACAAGUCCCGACAGCUCUGAGAAGCUGCCCAAGCAUGUGCCUUAUUUGAUCAUUGGCGGUGGCACGGCCGCCUUCUCUGCUUUCCGCUCCAUCAAGUCGAACGAUGCCAAGGCCAAGGUUCUGAUUAUUAGCAAUGAAAACCGCAAGCCCUAUAUGCGUCCACCACUCUCCAAGGAGCUGUGGUACACGCCGAAUGCCAACGAAGAUCCCAUUAAGGAUUAUCGCUUCAAACAGUGGACUGGCUCCGAGCGAAGCUUGUUCUUUGAACCGGAUGAGUUUUUCGUGGAUCCCGAGAAGCUUGAGGACAGUGUAAACGGUGGUAUAGCCGUCGCCCAAGGAUUCGCAGUAAAGAAGGUGGAUGCCCAGAGUCGCACUGUGACAUUGAACGACGGUUAUAAAAUUACUUACAAUGAGUGCCUCAUUGCCACGGGCUGUGCACCCAAGAACCUACCCAUGUUCCGUGAUGCAGCCCCCAAUGUGCGCGAAAAGGUGAUGGUCUAUCGCACACCCGAUGACUUUGAUCGCCUGCGACGCUAUGCCACCGAGAAGCGUACAAUUGCGAUUGUGGGCAAUGGUUUCAUCGGCAGCGAACUGGCCUGCUCCCUGGCCCACUACUCAAAGGAGAACGGCGGUGGCAAAGUCUAUCAAAUCUUCCAGGAGGGCGGCAAUAUGUCCAAGGUGCUGCCCAAUUAUCUGAGUCGCUGGACCAUGUCCAAGAUGAAGAAUCAAGGUGUUUGUGUCAUACCCAAUGCCAGCAUCAAGUCGGCCACCAGAGACGAGGAGUCGCUCAAAUUGGAACUCAACAAUGGCAUGACACUGCUCUCAGACAUUGUGGUGAUUUGUGUGGGCUGUUCCCCAAACACGAAUCUGGCAUCGCCCAGCAAACUGGAGGUGGAUCGCAGUCUGGGUGGUUUUGUGGUCAAUGCAGAGCUGGAGGCGCGCCGGAAUUUGUAUGUGGCUGGCGAUGCCUCAUGCUUUUACGAUCCUUUGCUGGGCCGACGACGUGUGGAGCAUCAUGAUCAUUCGGUGGUCUCGGGCAAGCUGGCUGGCGAGAAUAUGACGGGAGCAAAGAAACCCUAUGUCCAUCAAAGCAUGUUCUGGUCAGAUUUGGGUCCCGAAAUUGGCUACGAAGGCAUUGGCUUGGCGGACUCUUCACUGCCCACUGUGGGCGUCUUUGCCCUGCCCUCUGCCACCGAGGGACGCUCGAGCACAGACAACUUGACCGAAAAUCGAGACGCAGACGAUGGCAGCAAGCAUACAAUAAUUGUUAAUGAGAAAUCCCAAACAGAUGCGGUGACCUGUCAGGAUGAUGCCAACGAGGAGCAGCCCAACUAUGGCCGUGGUGUUAUCUUCUAUUUGAAGAACGAGAAGAUCGUGGGCGUUCUCUUGUGGAACCUGUUUAAUCGCGUAGGCUUAGCUAGGACAAUAAUCAAUCAAAAUAAGAAGUACGAUGACCUCAAUGAGGUUGCCAAGUUGUUUGAGAUUCACUCUUAGUAGUGAACAUCCCAACCAUCACCUGCCCAACACUCCACAAAAGAAAACUAUGUGUACAUAUGCGAACAGAAAUUUUAGUUCUAGUUUUUCGUUGUUUUUUUUUUGGAGCCCACCCUUUAGUCAAUCACUCCCACAAUAAAUGCCCAGAAUUGAUAGAUACAUAAA